AGGAUUACUUUAUCCUAUCCUAGAUAUUCCUGAAAGAGGUGGGGUUUCAGGUGUCUCCGGAAGGUGGUGAUUGACUCCGCUGUCCUGGCGUCGUGAGGGAGUUUGUUCCACCAUUGGGGGGCCAGAGCAGCGAACAGUUUUGACUGGGCUGCGCGGGAACUGUACUUCCUCAGUGGUAGGGAGGCGAGCAGGCCAGAGGUGGAUGAACGCAGUGCCCUUGUUUGGGUGUAGGGCCUGAUCAGAGCCUUCUUCUCCACCACUUUGUUUUUGCAUUAUUUAAAACAAAUUGAACAUGUUACAUUAUCUACUUGAGGCUAAUUUGAUUUUAUUGAUGUAUUAUAUAAAGUAAAAAUAAGUGUUAAUUCAGUAUUGUUGUAAUUGUCAUUAUUACAAAUACGGCAUUGACUUUUUUGGUCCUCCAAUAAUUGGUAUCGGUAUCGGCAUUGAAAAAUCAUAAUCGGUCGACCUCUACAAUGUAGCACGUCUGGUGAACAGGCCGCAGGCAGAACAGUUGAAACCGGCGCAGCAGCACAACCAGGUGGACUGGGGACAGCAAUGAGUCAUCAGGCCAGGUAGUCCUGAGGCAUGGUCCUAGGGCUCAGGUCCUCUGAGAGAGAGAGAGAGAGAGAGAGAAUCAGAGAACGCAUACUUAAAUUCGCACAGGACACCGGAUAAGAAUGGAUUAAUACUCCAGAUAUAACACACUGAUCCAAGCAUAAAUACUGCAUGAAUAAAUACUGGAGGCUGAGACAGGAGGGGUCAGGAGACACUGGCCCCGUCCGACAAUAUCCCCGGACAGGGCCAACCAGGCAGGAUAUAACCCCACCCACUUUGCCAAAGCACAGCCCCCACCACUAGAGGGAUAUUUUCAAACCACCAACUCACUACCCUGUGACAAGGCCGAAUAUAGGCCAUGAAGAUCUCCUUUUAACGGCACAAACCCGAAGGGGCGCCAACCCGGACAGGAAGAUCACGUCAGUGACUCAACCCACUCAAGUGACACACCCCUCCUAGGGACGGUUCAGGGGCAGAACAACAGAUUUUUACCUUGUCAGCUCAGGGAUUCAAUCUACCAACCUUUCAGUUACUAGUCCAACGCUCCAACCACUAGGUUACCUGCCACCCAGUAAGCCAGUGACUCAGCCCCCGUAAUAGGGUUAGAGGCAGAGACAGCAAGGGUGGUUCAUUGCUCCAGUGCCUUUCCGUUCACCUUCACACCCCUGGGCCAGACUACACUCAAUCAUAGGACCUACUGAAGAGACAAGUCUUCAAUAAAGACUUAAAGGUCGAGACAGAGUCUGCGUCUCUCACAUGGGUAGGCAGACCAUUCCAUGAAAAUGGAGCUCUAUAGGAGAAAGCCCUGCCUCCAGCUGUUUGCUUAGAAAUUCUAGGAUUGUUUAUUUUUAUUAGUUCCCCAUGAGAUAUAUCAUCGGUACUAAACAAAUGUAAUGGAGAAAGGAGUAGCUCAAGUAAAGACACAUAGAAAGGGAGGCGGACAGGCUGAGUAAAGAGAGAAAUGCAAUUGAAAGAACCUGAAUUUUCCUUAUAUUUUUUUACAGUUUUUAUUUGUCGGCUUUAUGUAUUUUGACUUAUUUGAAGAUUGAAGUUUAUAGGUCUACUGCUGCAUUGGCCUAUAGGCUUUGAGUUCCAUGCGCUCAUUUCUUUAGCCGCCAAUGGAUCACGGUUUAUUAUUGUGUCCAUAUGGCAGAGGCUGGUGCUCUCGCAUUAGUUUAAUUUGAACUUUUAGAAUUGUAUCAUUUUAUUUCAGAUUUUUAUCAUUAACCUCUUUGGGCUGGGGGCAGUAUUGAGUAGCUUGGAUGAAUAAGGUACCCAGAGUAAACUGCCUGCUACUCAGGCCCAGAAGCUAAGAAAUGCAUAUUAUUAGUAGAUUUGGAUAGAAAACACUCUGAAGCUUCUAAAACUGUUUGAAUGAUGUCUGUGAGUAUAACAGAACUCCUAUGGCAGGCAAAAACCUGAGAAAAAAUCCAAACAGGAAGUGGGAAAUCUGAGGUUUGUAGUUCUUCAAGUGAUUGCCUAUCCAAUAUACAGUGUAAAUUUGGUCUGAUUGCACUUCCUAAGGCUUCCACUAAGAUGUCAACAGUCUUUAGAACCUUGUUUCAAGCUUCUACUAUGAAGGGGGAGCGAAUAAGAGCUGUUUUAAUCGGGUCUGGCAGAAUGUUAUGAGUUUAGUCACUCGCGCGGCCGUGAGAGCGAGCUCCGUUCCUUUUAAUUUCCGAAGACAAAGGAAUUGUCCGAUUGGAAUAUUAUUGAAGAUUUUUGAUAAAAACAUCCUAAAGAUUGAUUCUAUACGUCAUUUGAUAUGUUUCUACGAACUGUAAUGGGACUGUUUUGACUUUUCGUCUGGACUAAAUGCCUGCGCCUUGUGAAUUUGGAUUUGUGAACUAAAACGCGCAAACAAAAAGGAGGUAUUUGGACAUAAAUGAUGGACUUUAUCGAACAAAACAAACAUUUAUUGUGGAACUGGAAUUCCUGGGAGUGCAUUCCGAUGAAGAUCAUCAAAUGCCCUGGGUGGGAGAUGACCAAAGAGGAUGUCCCGGUGCCACAGUCUUCAGAGGGGGACACUGACCUGGGCCGUCACAGCACGUUGUCCCACGGUGGUGUAGCGCGCCCCACCAUCCACCAGGUGGCCUCGGCCCCCAUGCCCACUGACUGCGACAUCCUCUAUCAAGCCCAGAUUAACUAUUUGAACCCAGGGUGUAUUCAUUAAUGCACACAGUUGCGAACCAUAACAAAACGGAGCAUAUCUCAUUAGACAAGUUCAGAGUUCUCCUUCUUUGACCCCGAGGAGCCCCAGUGCAGGGAGGUGCUGUUUGAGUCCAGCACCACGGUACCGGAGCUGUUCGCCGUACUCAGGCAGUGGGUGCCCCAGGUCCAGAAGAAUAUCAGCCUGAUCGGCAAUGAGAUCCUAAAGAGAGGCUGUGGUGUGAAUGACCGAGAUGGCUUGACCGACAUGAGCCUCCUGCACUACUGCUGCAAGGCGGGGGCACCCGGCAUAGGUGACGCAGACAUGGCGGCCAGCUUCGCCCAGCAACUCCUGUCCCUGGGGGCAGAGCCUGGUCUGCGGUCGCGGUGGACAAACAUGAGUGCCCUGCACUACGCCGCCUACUUCGAUGUGCCCCAGCUCAUCCGGGUGGUUCUGCACGCCUCCCAGCCCGGGGAGGUAGACACCACCUGCAGUGACUUUGACUUCGGCACGGCCCUGCACAUUGCCGCCUCCAACCUGUGCUCCUCCGCAGUCAAGUGUCUGCUAGAACUGGGAGCUAACCCCACCUUCAGGAACGAGAGGGGCCAGUGCCCGGCCGACGUGGUAUCCGAGCCCUUGGACAUGCUCUUGGAGAUGGCGGACGCCGCCGCCCUGGCCAAGGAGCUGCGCAGCCUGCUGAGGGAGGCCCUUCCCCGGCCCUGUGCCCCCCUGACCCUCCCUGCCCAAGAUCCAUCAGGCCUCUCCGACAAGGCUCGGCUCCAGCUCAUCAUCAUGGGCAUCCAGCUGGGCGACCGCGUGGUCAUCGCCGGUCAGAAGGUGGGCACUCUACAGUUCUGCGGCAGCACCGAGUUCGCCGGCGGUCUUUGGGCCGGCGUGGAACUCGACCAAGCGGAGGGGAAGAAUGACGGAUCCGUCGCUGGAGUUCAGUACUUUUCCUGCCGCCUCAAACACGGGAUCUUUGCACCCCUGUCCAAGAUCAGCAAACCCUCAGAGCGAUGCAAAGCCAGCACCCAGAGAAGUGCCACCCCCAUACGGCCCUCUCAGCGCAUCAACCUGUCGCGCGUCACCUCCAAGAUCAACACAGGUGCUCUCUCUCGUUCCCUCUCUUCCUCUUCAUCCUCCCUGGACUCCAGACAUGGCCUGACCGUGCAACCUCGGCCGUUUCCACGACAACGGCCUCCCGCAAGGCAGCGGCGGGAACGGCUUCAGCCUAGCUCCAAAACCAUGCCCCCUCCGACCCGGUCUAAUCCCAGCCCAACCCUCAUUGUACCCCGGAGCCGGACUCCCUCGGCCAGUAGCUCCGUGUGUGACGGGCCUGAGGUGCGCCUAGGGGAGAGGGUGUUGGUGGUGGGCCAGAGAACAGGGGUGGUCCGCUUCUACGGCAAGACCAACUUUGCCCCAGGGUUCUGGCUGGGGAUCGAGCUGGACAAGCCCAGCGGGAAGAACGAUGGCUCGGUCGGCGGGGUGAACUACUUCAGCUGUCCUCCCAAACAUGGUGUCUUUGCCCCUCCAUCGCGUGUACAGAGGAUCCAUGGCUCUAUGGAUUGUCUUUCAGAGCUGUCCUCCUCACGUCUCAACCGUCCUUUUGCUAGAAUCAGGCGCAGCUUCAGCACGUCGACGGCCAUCGCUGCCCAGAAGGAGCAGAGCCAGAAGAGUACCGUCAACAGGUCACGUUCCAACUCCCACCGUCGGCGCUGGAGCACCCUGAGUGGUGGCUGGGGUCCGGGAACAGGUGGCACAGGAAGCUCCGGAGGAACCACUGCCACCACCACCACCUCGUCUGGCUCGGACGCGUCAGUGCGCCUCCACCUAGGCAUGCAAGUGCUGCUGAGCAGUGCGAACGAGAUGGCUCUGAUCCGCUACAUGGGCCAGGCUGACUUCGCCCCAGGCCUGUGGCUAGGCCUGGAGCUGCGCACCGCCAAGGGCAAGAAUGAUGGCCAGGUGGGCGGCCGCCGCUACUUCACGUGCCGCCCGGACUACGGCGUGCUGGUGAGGCCCAGCCGUGUCACCUACCGCGGCAUUAAUGGUGCCCGGCUCGUGGAUGAGAACAGCUGAGGACACUAGGACCCAGGGGGUUGGGUUGGGUUAGGUGGGAGGGUGGGAAAGCAGUAGAGCGAGCAUAUCGGAGAAACGUUUCUGUUUGUUUUCUUUUGGGGGUGGGGGUUGUUUAGCGAUUUUCCUUUGUUCGUUUUUUCUUGGGUUUUGUGUUUGUUUCUUUUGCUCCUUGAAAUGUCCCCCAAAAACAACACUACCUAAUUAAUUAUUGUUAUAUACAUUUAAGAAAUGUUUUAUUUUAAGAUGUAUGUUAUGGUGGUGUGGCUAGCCUACAUUUUAACUACACAUCAGCUAGUUUGUCCUAUUUACUUGCUGAUUUACCUGUUUUGUUUUACCUGUUUACUCUACCCGUUGACCAUCAAUGGACACUAGAAAACUAGAUAUUACAUUUCAAAUUGAGACUACGAGAGUUGUCAUGCUAUUGAACACACUGUAGGUAUGAGGCAACAUAAGCUUUGAUUGUCAUAGAUAUGUUUGAUAGGGUGAAAGAAAAUAAUUUUCAGAAAUAUUUAUACUUAUAAUUUUACUGUGUGAUAUGAUUUAGUUGAUGGAAAUGCACUUGAUUGAUGGAAAAUGUGUAUAAAUCCGAUACAGUAAAUUAAUACUUCCAUUCUUCCCUAAGCUCCCUCACUGUACUGUAUGUAGAGAUUUGAACUGAUAUCAAAGCUAACCUCUGGUCAGCAACGCAGCUAAGCACCUUAAAGCAAGACAAUGUCCUAGUACAGAGGUACUAAAAUAUCCCCUGAUUUGAGCACUUUGGAGUAAAUGGAUAAGGCUGUUCGUAAUGAUAAUGCAGGGUUAUCUGGAUUCACUGCUGACUGUCCUAAAUGAGCAAGAAUGUGCACUGUGUUUGGCCAAUACUGAAUUUGAAUUCACUGCCAACUUGUGCUGAAUUGCUAAUUGACCAUCAGCUCCUACACCCUAGGCACUGCUGUGGAUCUGAGUGGAUUGGAUGGGUGGAAGCAAUAUGGUAAUAGGUUCACCUUGCCUUCUGAUUGGCUGGGUAGAAAUAUUGCUUAUACCUAUCAAUCGGUUUCAGAUCUACAGGAGUGCAUAAAGGAUAUGGGCUAGGGGUUGAUUUGGAAUUCAGCCAUAUUCAGCCAUUAAUGCUAUGGCACUACUUGAGUACUGGUAUAGUGCCGUCAAGUGAUGCCAAUUUAUACAAAUAUGGUCCUACACUGACGUGACACUCAUAGGCCUAUUGAUGUAUGCUACCUACUUUUGGUCAGAUUGGACACCCCACUGGCUCUGUGACAUAAGAUUUGUCUAAAGAUAACUUCCAUCUGCACGACUGCUAAUGACGUCUUAUGUCGUCCUUAUGACAAACUACAAAAUGCUUUGUGAAAGCUGGUUUCCGUGAAGCGUAUUCCAAAGUUAUAUACCGAUAAAGAUUACAGUCUUGACAAGUCAGCAGGCAACAAGCUAUUGAUUAUAUCUGUGGAGAAAAAAAAAGAGACCUUAUUUAACACAAGCUCCAUGUGCCACCCAAUAACAAAGGUAGAACGCAACAGUAGCCCAGAUUCUGAAUGCGAUAUACCAUUGAUCGGUCUGGUUGGGCCCUAUGCAAUUGAAAUGUGUUGGCAGGACGAAUCAUGGUUGCCUGAGAUAUUCGCCUGAGGUUUGGAGAUGAAAGAAGCUCGGUGGUAUGAGUGCUAAUUCAACUGCUCGUAUCUCUUCUCUGUAGUCAGUUCUGUUAUUUCUGUAACAGUCACCGUCGUAACAGUCAGGUCUGUUACGGUCAUUGUUGUGGCAAUUGAGACAAUUGUGUAACAGUCAUCGCCUUUUCAGUCAAUUCUGUAACACUGUUACUUAGUACUGUUGGGUUCUAUGAUGUCUUCUCAGACAACACAUGAUCGGAAAGUCCAAGUUAAAAUGCACUUGAAAGUCAUUGGUUGCAUUGUGUGUCUGCGCAGCGAAAGGGUUUCAGUAUGGAAUAGGGGCACGUAGUGUAAAAAUUGUAUUUGUAAAAUGAAUAAAGAUUCUAUUCUAAUUUCA